CGUGAGGCAAACACGUCGCGCCUAUCCACGAAUGAAAUUCACCCAUUCGUACGUCGGAAAUGCCAAAACGUGUCCUCCCACGUAGGGAGGGAGGAGACACAGAUAUCUCCUAUGAUGUCACCGGGUCUUGUCUAUAAAUGCAAAAGAUCCGCCCGACACUUCGUUAAAGAAAUAACACAUCUGCUGAGAGAUGCAAAGGUAGGGACAAACACAUCUUCAUCUCUUUCUUCCCCUUCCACAUCUAGUAGCCUGUUUGUUACGAGCCCUCCCAAACCACAGCUUGCCAGCUGGCUCAUAGAGCAAGUGGAGACAGGCCAGUACACGGGCCUGUGCUAUGUGGGCCAAAAUAAGUUCAGGGUCCCCUGGAAGCACAACUCCAGAAAGGACUGCAACGAUGAGGACAGUAAAAUCUUCCGGGCAUGGGCAGUAGCAAGUGGUAAAAUCAAUGAGUUCCCUAAUGACAAGGCCAGGUGGAAAACCAACUUCCGCUGCGCUCUGAACAACCUCUCCGUGCGCUUCAAGAUGAUAGAGGACAAUUCCAAGAAUUCUGAGGACCCUCAUAAAAUCUAUGAGAUUAUCAACACUGAGUAUAACUAUGAACAACUGCCAACACGAAACUCCCAGGAAGAUUCUGACAUGACUCCGGAUAUCUAUUGCUCUCCCAUAGAGGACAUCCCCUCAGGAAAUGAGUACAAUCUGCUUAAAAAUUUCACAGCCUUGGGUCUUGGCAACAUUCCACCCGAGGGGUGGAUAGAGACCUAUAUCCAGGACAAUCCAGAUGUCCCUGGAAGCUUUCCUGCUGUUGCAGCAGCUGAGAACCUCACGCAACCUUUACCAGAUCAGCUGCCCUUCAUCGAGGUAGAUCCACAACCAGUUUUAAGUUUGCCUGUGCAGCCAACUAUCUGGGACCUGGAGAUCUCCAUCCACUACAGGAAAAAAGAAAUGCUAAAGACAGUGUUGAGCACUGCCCGUCUCCAGCUCCACUACCAGCACGAGGCCCCUGAACUCAAUGCCUUUCAUCUCUGCUUUCCCUCCACUGAUGGCCUGCUGGACCACAAACAGAUUGAGUACACCAACCGCAUCCUUAACAGUAUUCAGAAAGGUCUACUCCUGGAGGUGCGGGACACUGGUAUCUAUGCCUACAGGCAGGACAGGUGCCAUGUGUUUGCCAGCAACAGUGACCCCAGUGUAGCUCACCCCAACCCAACAAAACUGCCCCAAAAUACUGUGGUGGAGCUCCUCAGCUUUGAGAAGUUUGUGAAUGAACUGAGACAGUUUAAAGAGAACAACGGUGGCUCUCCGAACUACAAAAUCAACAUGUGCUUUGGAGAGAAGUUUCCUGAUGGAAAACCUUUGGAGAAGAAGCUUAUCACAGUCCAGGUGGUCCCUCUGAUCUGCCGAUACUUACAUGAGAUGGCCCAGGUGGAUGGAGCGUCGUCUCUUCACAGCUCCAACGUCAGCUUACAGAUCUCACACAACAGCCUCUAUGAUCUCAUUUACUCAGUCUUUGGUCUGCCAACAGUUGAAGAGUCGAUGCGAGCUGCUGGGCCUUUCCAAAAUCAGAUGUGAAGUUUUAUAUUUCACUGGCCUUCAAUGGAAACUAUUUCAGCUAUCACAUCCUGCUCUCACCCCAAGUUACGCUAAUACGUAGGAUUACAUGUGUAAUCCUGUGACAUGUUGAACUGGUUAGCAGAAGAGAACAGCAUUAAAUUGGGUAUUGUAAAAAAAAAUUAUUUUGAUGCAUUUUCAACUGCAUUUCCUGUUUAUGUUAUGUAUCAGCAUUGGUAAAAACUGACAUUUUCAGCACUACAUAAGUACUGUAGAUAUUGACCCCUUGACCAUUGGACCGUUACAUUACUCAACUGAAAGGUCAAUGGUCUCAUCUAAUAAUCAACCCUUUUUAUGAUUGUGUAAUAAUGUGACUGUAAAUGUCAAAUUCUUUUAAUAAAAUGUACAUUAAAUUGAUAUAUGUAUAUAGUAGUAACCAUAAUGACCAAUAGUCAGUAAAUCUAUUUUAAAAUGUAAGUGUUUGCUUUUUGGUCACAUUUAUAAUCGUGUAAACUCCAAAAUUAUUGCAUAGUUAGGUAAUGUAUAGUGUAGUUUUUUUUAUGUGUCAUGAAGCUAUUAAUUGUGUUUUGCACUUGAGGAUUUGAUUUUGGUUAUAUCAAACCAUUUUUAUACUCUGCUAGUCAUUUUGCACUAAAGCUAACUGUUUUUAUUAAGACUUCAAAUAAACAGUUUAACACUUGAA